AUGGCAACUGAGCUGGGCGGCUACAAGCUCCAAUACAACAAGUUCACGCACGUUUCUCCACCUUCAUCAGUAAUCGUCCUGGCCGACGGCGACUACUCGCGAGAAGCAGCCGCAUACGAAACACUGCAGCGAUCGUCUAAAGCGCAGAAUUGUAUCCCAGACUACUACGGCAGCUGGAUGAUACAGAAGAUACUAGAAGCUGAGACCUUUGUGUACAACGCCGGAGUCCACCAUCGCGACAUGUCACCCCGCAACGUGAUGCUAGUCUCCCACUCCGAUAUCUAUACCGCUCCUGACCCGCGCAUCGUCAUCAUCGACUUCAACGUUUCUAAUGUACUUGACCUUAGUGCGCGCCGCCGUGGUGAUACGGAUCUCGACGCCAUACACAAAACGUGGCCUGGGAGGAUGGUUGGACCGAUCACCAGGUUCUGGGAUGAACUAAUGGAGUUUGAGGUCAAGGGUUGGGUGGCGGAUGAUAUCGGGGCGGCGAAUGAAUGGCUUUGGGAAUGUUUUAGGGAGAGGGAGGAUUAUGUGCCGGUUGUUAGGGAUGAGGAUAGAGAGGAGUCUCCGAGGCUGGUCGAGGUGGAGGAGCUCACGGGACGUGUGAGUGACGAUGAUGGAGAGGACGAUGUAGUCGUUUUCCGAGGAUGA